UUCAUCAGUUUAAGGUUUUGGUGAUACUUUUAUUUCCUGGGUCACACUGUUGUACACCAAUCCUUUGACCUCAGGUAGAACAAAUGAUAUACACUCAUCAUGUUUUACCCUUCAGUGUGGGACACGACAGGGGUGCUCACUACCCCCACUGCUUUCUGCAGAAGUCAUGGAGCUGUGAGCUAUUUCAAUUACGUACUCUACAAACAUCAAGGGGAUAUUUAGAGGAAAGAAAAGCAGUCCUCAUUCACCGUGUGUUAGAGAGGAAGAGGAAACUGAUGCUAAAGGUGACUCCUGUGUUUGUGCAGACCGGAAAGGAUUUACUUCUGGAUGUCAAAGAAGCUGUUACUCUAGGAGAGACUGAUCUUUUAACAUGGUCUGUUAAUAAGACCGAAAAUAUUGCAAGAUUUUAUGCACAUGGGAAAAUAGUUUAUAAGAGUUAUUCAGAAAGGGCUGAAUAUUUUGCUCUAAAUCACUCUCUGCUGUUGAAGAAAGUGGAACAGAGUGAUAGUGGAUACUACAGAGCACAUGUUUCUAGUGAUGCUAACACAGAUGUAGCUGAACACAAGGUCACAGUUCUGGAUCCAGUGUCUCCAGUGAAGCUGACAGUGAACUCCUGCAGCUCAGACUCCUCUAACCUCACAGUGACCUGCAGCACUCAGGACUCUCUCAUCAGCAGGACUUUUACAUGUGACGACCAAACCUGCUCUGAUGAGAGAGGAGAGAGAGCAGAGUUUACCACACCUGGAGCCUCUCUCAAUGUCUACCUGCAGAACAACCCCAUCACCUGUGUCCAUAAGAACGAGGUCAGCUGGACAGAGGACGUUAUAAAGAUUGAAGCUUUUUGUAAGAAGGACCCUGGUCCUCAGAGUUAUUUCAAUAAUAUCUCUGUGUUCACUGUGAAGAUAAUUGUGAUCUCUUCUGGUCUGGUCAUCAUGGUGUGUGCGGUCAUCAGUGUUCACAUCAUAGAGAAUGUCAAGAAGAGGAAAUAAACAUGGAGGACUGUAAAGCUGAAUGUACCCUGUGGAAACUUUGACCACACACAGCACUGUAGAGCAAUCUGUGAUGACACAGUUCCUGUUUGUUCAUAUUGUACAUGUGAGAGUCAGCAGGGGGCGCGGUUCACAUCCCUGUCUCUGACUUCAUGCUGUGCUACUUAAUCAAAUAUAUUUACAUUGCAUUUUUUCAGGCAAGUCUGCUUUUCAUAGAUCCUUCUUGAUUUUUCAAUAAAUAAUCACUCCAUGAGAUUCAUAAAAGAGUUCAUUUUAUUUGUUUGUAAAUCUUUGUGUGGUUUUAUUUACAGUACUGUAACAAAAAGAUGUUUUUCAUUAAUAAUUCCUUUAUUGACAUGUAUCAUGCACCUGUAAUAAUAAUAUAAACAAUAAAUGAAGAGUGACCCAAAA